CGCGGCCGCCUAGUCUCGUCCCAUCACGUGAAGUCUCGCUGGAGUCUCUCAGUGGAUACUAGCCCUGCCUCUCUAAACACCAGUCAGCCAGCCACACAACCGACUCGACUCAAAGGUUUCAAUGGUAUUGAGUUGAUGGGGUCCAAGCGGGCGCCACAGUGAUGGUCUAAGGACUCGAAGUCACAGAGGUGCUUGCGCGGGGAAUGUUGCGCUGGUCGGUGCACCUAGAAGGAGGGCCGCGGAGAGUCAACCAUGCUGCUGUGGCAGUGGGACACAAGGUGUACUCCUUCGGAGGCUACUGCUCCGGGGAGGACUACGAGACGCUCCGUCAGAUCGACGUGCACGUAUUCAACACAGUGUCGUUGCGCUGGAUGAAGCUGCCCCCAGUGAGGAUGGGAGGACACGAACGCGUCCGUGAAGUGCCAUAUAUGCGUUAUGGCCACACAGCUGUGCUGUUGGAUGAUACUAUCUACCUCUGGGGCGGGCGUAACGACACAGAGGGGGCCUGCAAUGUGCUUUACGCCUUUGAUGUCAAUACCCACAGAUGGUUCACGCCCAAGAUUUCAGGGACUGUUCCGGGGGCACGAGACGGCCACUCGGCCUGUGUGCUCGGGAAGGCGAUGUAUAUAUUUGGAGGAUAUGAGCAGCUGGCCGACUGCUUCUCCAACGACAUCCACAAGCUGGACACCACCACAAUGGUUUGGUCAUUAAUUAAUGCCAGAGGCACCCCCGCUCGCUGGAGAGACUUCCACUCAGCCACCAUCAUCGGGACAAAGAUGUUUGUGUUCGGAGGACGGGCAGACCGCUUCGGUCCCUUCCACUCCAACAACGAGAUCUACUGCAACAAGAUCAGAGUGUUUGACACAGAGACCAACUGCUGGCUGAGUGUCCCUUCAACACAGCCGCUGCCAGAGGGACGCAGGAGUCAUUCAGCCUUUUCCUACAAUGGGGAGCUGUACAUAUUUGGAGGGUACAAUGCCCGUCUGGACCGACACUUCAACGACCUCUGGAAAUUUAAUCCAGAAGCCUUCUCUUGGGAGAAAGUAGAACCGAAGGGGAAGGGCCCGUGUCCACGGAGGCGGCAGUGCUGCUGUAUGGUUGGAGAUCGAAUCUUCCUCUUUGGAGGAACCAGCCCCUGUCCAGAGCAAGGAAUGGGGGAUGAAUUUAACCUCAUGGAUCAUUCAGACCUGUAUAUCUUAGACUUCAGCCCUAAUUUGAAGACGUUAUGCAAAAUAGCUGUUAUUCAGUACAGUCUGGAGCAGUCAGGACUCCCACAUGAUAUCAGGUGGGAACUGGCGGCCAUGACGACCAACAGCAACAUCAGCAGGCCCAUCUUCUCCUCCCAUGGCUGACGCAGCUGAAUGUGAAGCAGAACCAGAACUCUGUUUCCGAACACACGGGCUCUUAUCUUUCUAAUCAACCGAGCCCCGCAGGACCUUUUUUUUGUAUAGCCUGGAUCUGCAUCCGGUUUGUUCUCCACAUUCUACAGCGACUUCACUACCGACCAAAACACCCUACGUUAAGACUUCUUCGGACGCCGUGUCCUGGGGGACGCUUUAACCCUCGAGACACCGGUCGCCUCUUCACCUUCUACUCUUCUUCUUUCUAGCCUCUCUAGAAAUCCAAUCAGCCUAUGAUAAUCAUAGACUUCUAAUCUUAAGCACAGGAAGAAACGAGAACUUCAGCCAAAGGUCUUGAGAGCUAACGUGGACGUUGAGGACAUCGUACGGAUGUCGGACUCAAUGGACCUCCCCUGAGGGACGAAUAUGAAUCUUCUGUUGCUGAUAUGAAGAGACUGGGACGUUGCCGCUCUAAGUUAACCAUAAAAACCACGUAGAGCUACCGUGACGUGACCGUGUGCAGACUAAGGCUAAUUUAUUACACUGGUGUUUAAAUUGCUAUUGCUAUUUUACCUUACUACAUUAUCACUUAAACGGCACCCGCUGCUCUCCAGUGUCUCUAAAGGUAACUCGCAAGGUAAGUGAAGAAAACCUUGUACAACGCGUCCGUCUACCUCCCUCAACUCAAUAGCAUGUGUCAUCGGUUCUUUUACACAUUAGACGCUGAUUUUUUUUUUUUUUGCCCCCCUCAGAAAGAAAGGCCUUGUCACAGGGAAGCUGGUAUUUGUGAUGUCUCACCUGCCACACCGCUCUCCUGAACGCCUCACGUUUUUUUUUUUUUUUGUUGUCAGUGCCAAAUAAUUAAGGGAUGCAAAUAUAUACUGUGUCCGCGUAAGCACGUGCUCCCGUCCACGCAAAGCUCCAGGCCACACGCUUCAGUUUACUCAUUGUCGUGUCUUUUUUCUUUUAUAUAGACAAUCCUACAGAGACGGGCUUAGGAAAGAGCGCACGCAGUACGAGCAAAGAUGAACCCGAGCAGACGAUGUUACAAGCGCGUAAGGGCUCUUCCCUUUUCGAAAGAAAAAACUGCUGGGACUUGUUCAGUUUGGGGGGUUUGUUUAUUCGGGAGAGGGGGAGGGGGUUGUUUUAUUCGAAUAAUUACACAUUUUUAGAACAAAAAUAUUGAAAGCGGUGGUGGUGGUUUUUAAAAUUGUAGCGACAUUUAUAUUAGUUAAAGGUCAUAUUCUACAUUUUUGCUGUUGUCAACAAAUCCCAUUAAAAACAAAAGAAGCGAGCUGCGUCUUCUCCGUCACGCUCCUCCCCUUCUUGUAGCUGUCGGCGCCAAAAUAUUUGUUCCAGUAACGACCAGUUAAACGGGAGUAAAUUGUUGGGGAGGGGGGGGUUGAUUUUUAAUGGAUUUGGUGCUCGGUGUGUGUACUUACAGCAGGAAGAGGGUGUGCUUCUGAUCAUGUAUGUGUUUAUAUUCCAGUUGACUGAGAGAUACAUCAGGCUGGAUACACAGACAAUCCUUGUUAGUUGAAUUGUUGUUUGGUUGUGGUCUUUGUUGACAAUAAAAAUAUGGAAUAAAAAAAUAUUUAAAAAAAAGCGAUAAUCUCUGAAUCAUAAAGUAAUCCAGCGAGACUUGCUGAAGACUUGUUUCAAUUUUAUAUGUAUCUUUUCCCAGGCAGUACAAAAAACCCUAAACUCAGCAAAAGUUAGAUGAAAAUACAAACUUUGUUACCAAAAGCCCAUGAGCAGUAUUAAUGAUUUCCUUUCUAUCCUGCCAGACUGACAAAAAAUAAAUAAACAAAUAAAUAAAAAAACGGGGGCUCUUGGUCCCAGACGUCAAGAUUUAAUAACCUACAUAAUAAAUGUUUACAAAUCUGUCAUGCAAAACGGUGUAAAACAAUCUUAAAGUCAGCAGCUAAUCGUGAGAGGAGACACGUUUUUGUCUAGACUCCGGAGGUGAUGUGUGUUUUUUUUCUUCCCCAGCCGACUGUAUUCCCAGACCAGCGGUGACAAAAGUGACGAGUCUUAUGCCCUCUGCAUCGCACGGUCACAUGUUAUUCACUUCGCUACCUGGGCGAUACCACGGCUAAUACAGCGAAACCACGGCUAAUUCCCCGAAACAAAAAAACAAAGGUGAACAAAUCAAAUUCUGUCUGUUCACUUCUUUUUCUUUUGUCUCUCUUUGUUACGUGUGAACACGACACUACGAUGUUGGAAUAAAAAGACCUCCCUCAGCGACAGUCGCUCACUUACCUCCAGUAAAUCGAUGCUAAAGACGUGUGUCCUCGAUAUUCUUGGGUUCCGCUUUUUUUUAACGGCGGUGAUGUAAAGGACGCGGCUCCUCCUGUCCUCUAGCGGGAAGUAGUUUAACCACUUCGCUCUGUUGCCCGAAGAAGCAACCGAGGAAAAUCUGACGUCCGCGUUUAAGAUUUGUGGCUCCCGCUCACGGCGGACGUGCUCGGUGUGAGCGGGAGUUUUGUUUUUCAUGCCAUUAAGUGUUCUUGAUCUUUUAGGGCUUAAAUAAAUUGUUUUUAAUUCAUAAAUAAAGAAUGCUCAGAAGAAAAAAAAACAACAGAACAAAGUGCGGAGUAUAAACCGAGUCCUCCUGGUGCAUACUGAUUGUAUUCAACUGACAUAUUUUCUUCGAGAUCAGGACUUCCUGUGUAAUAUGCUUUACAACUGUAUCAAUAAUAAACCUGAGACACUUUUGA